GGGAUGCCGCUCCGUUUGGCUUGAAUUCGAGAUAAAACACGGCUUUAAAAUGAUCACAAGUCGGAAUGGCUCAUGCUGUGUAUCAUGCUACCUUCUCGGACUCGGAUAACCGAGGAGUACAAGUUGGCUAUAACGCUGGGAACGUCGAGACCCACCACCACUACCCCGCAGAGCGUCCAGAGACUCCUCCUGGUCCACUACUAUCGAUCCCGUUCCUCCGCGACCCAGAUUUUGUCGAUCGUGGGACAGUCCUCAAUCAGCUCCACCAAAGAUCUACUGUACCAGGCUCCAGGACUGCGCUUGUCGGCUUGGGUGGUGUCGGAAAAUCACAGCUUGCGAUUGAAUAUGCAUACGAAACCCACACGCAGGAUCCUAGAACAUGGGUUUUCUGGGUCCAUGCUAGCAACGCGGCCCGGUUCGAGCAGAGCUAUCAGCAGAUUGCAGAUACCGUCAAGCUGUUUGGGCGGCAGGAUCCUAAGGCCAACAUCUUCAAGCUUGUGCACGACUGGCUGUGGGAUAGCAAGAAUGGAAAGUGGAUCCUGAUACUUGACAAUGUUGAUGAUGCUCAUUUCCUCCUCGACCGCCCCGAUAAAGUUCAGAGUCAGGCUGGUCAUGAAAAUGGCAGAACUGAUCGCCCACUGCGAGAAUAUCUCCCACAAAGCGAGAAUGGGUCCAUCCUGAUAACUUCGCGGAGCAGGGAGGCCGCGUUGAAGCUGGUGGAACAGCGCGACAUUAUUGCAAUCGAACCGAUGGACGAAGCGCACGCACUAGCCUUGUUUGAGAAGAAGCUGAGAAAGCAGGAUGAGAGUCAGGAUAUUGCUGAGCUAGCAGCAGCAUUGGAGUUUAUCCCGCUUGCAAUUGUCCAAGCCGCGGCAUAUAUUUCCGACCCGGAUCGAGGUUGUUCAGUGCGACAGUACCUCAAUGAGUUCCAGAAAAGUGAUUGCAAGAAGAUCCGUCUGUUAGACCACGACGACGGCCAGUUUCGUCGAGAUUGGGAGGCCAAGAACUCAGUCCUCGUUACCUGGCAGAUCUCGUUUGACAGCAUACGCCAAACCCGACGAUCAGCGGCCGAUUUACUGUCGCUGAUGAGCUUUUUCGACCGUCAAGGGAUUCCCGAGGCCCUUCUUCAAGGUCGAACGAAUCAGGAAAUCGCUCAGCGGAGUGGUAGCGACGAUGACGAAGGCAGUGAAUCACAAUCUAGCAUAACCGAUGAGUUCCAAAAUGAUAUUCUAGCGCUGCGAAGGUACUUGUUUAUCUCGAUAAGUGUGGAUAGAACAACCUUUGAAAUGCACAACCUGGUGCAGCUAGCGACACGAAGAUGGCUUGAAGCGAAUGGGGAGCUGGAAAGGUGGAAACAACAGUAUAUCCGGAAUCUAAAUUCAGAAUUUCCCACAGGAGAAUAUGAGAACUGGGCACAAUGCCAAGUACUUUUCCCACACGCGAAGUCUGCAGCCACGCAGCAACCGCGGGAACGUGAUCCAUUACUGGAGUGGGCCUCGUUGCUGCAUAAGGCGGCAUGGUAUGACUGGAAAAAAGGAAAUGGAGCCGAGGGUGAGAAUCUGUCAGUCAGGGCGAUGAAAGCUCGGAAGAAGUUACUGGGUCUGGAACAUGAAGAUACAUUAAAUAGUAUCCAAAUGGUAGGGUUAAUAUACUCGCUUGAAGGUCGAUGGAAUGAGGCCGAAGCGCUGUUUGUGCAAGUGAUGGAGACGAGAAAGAGGAUGCUGGGUGCAGAGCAUCCUGACACGCUGACCAGCAUGAACAACCUGGCAUCGACGUACCAUAAUCAGGGCCAAUGGAAAGAGGCCGAAGCGCUGUUUGUGCAAGUGAUGGAGACGAGAAAGAGGAUGCUGGGUGCAGAGCAUCCUCACACGCUGACCAGCAUGGCCAACCUGGCAUCGACGUACCGGAAUCAAGGCCGAUGGAAAGAGGCUGAAGAGCUGGAGGUGCAAGUGAUAGAGACGAGUUCGAGGGUGCUAGGUGCAGAGCAUCCUGACACGCUGGGCAGCAUGACCAACCUGGCAUCAACAUACCGGAAUCAAGGCCGAUGGAAAGAGGCCGAAGAGCUGCAGGUGCAAGUGAUGAAGACGAGAAAUAGGGUGCUGGGUGGGGAACAUCCUCACACGCUGACCAACAUGGGUAACCUGGCAUCGACGUACCGGAAUCAAGGCCGAUGGAAAGAGGCCGAAGAGCUGUUUGUGCAAGUGAUGGAGACGAGUUCGAGGGUGCUGGGUGUAGAGCAUCCGGACACGCUGGGCAGCAUGAAUAAUCUGGCAUCGACGUACCGGAAUCAAGGCCGAUGGAAAGAGGCCGAAGAGCUGUUUGUGCAAGUGAUGGAGACGAGAAAGAGGAUGCUGGGUGCAGAGCAUCCUGACACGCUGACCAACAUGGCCAACCUGGCAUCGACGUACCGGAAUCAAGGCCGAUGGAAAAAGGCUGAAGAGCUGUUUGUGCAAGUGAUGGAGACGAGAAAGAGGAUGCUGGGUGCAGAGCAUCCCUCCACGCUGACCAGUAUGGCCAACCUGGCAUCGACGUACCGGAAUCAAGGCCGAUGGAAAGAGGCUGAAGAGCUGGAGGUGCAAGUGAUGGAGACGAGUUCGAGAGUGCUAGGUGUAGAACAUCCUAACACGCUAACCAGCAUGAACAACUUAGCAUCGACGUACCGGAAUCAAAGCCGAUGGAAAGAGGCUGAAGAGCUGUUUGUGCAAGUGAUGGAGACGAGAAAGAGGAUGCUAGGUGCGGAGCAUCCCUCCACGCUGACCAGUAUGGCCAACCUGGCAUUGACGUACCAGAAUCAAGGCCGAUGGAAAGAGGCCGAGGAGCUGGAGGUGCAAGUGAUGGAGACGAGUUCGAGGGUGCUGGGUGGGGAGCAUCCGGACACGCUGGGCAGCAUGAAUAAUCUGGCAUCGACGUACCGGAAUCAAAGCCGAUGGAAAGAGGCUGAAGAGCUGUUUGUGCAAGUGAUGGAGACGAGAAAGAGGGUGCUAGGUGCGGAGCAUCCUGACACGCUGACCAGUAUGGCCAACCUGGCAUUGACGUACCAGAAUCAAGGCCGAUGGAAAGAGGCCGAGGAGCUGGAGGUGCAAGUGAUGGAGACGAGAAAAAGGGUGCUGGGUGGGGAGCAUCCAGACACGCUGACCAGCAUGAAUAACCUUGCCCUUACGUGGAAACGGCAGGACCGCGGCGUGGAAGCCAUUAACUUAAUGAAGGAUUGUGUACAGCUACAGAAGAAGAUUUUAGGCGUUGAUCACCCCAAUACUUUAUCAUCCUCUACAAUGUUGACUAUGUGGUCAAUAGAGAAGUUGGACAUUAGUAUAUCAAUGACCGAUAAUUCUAUAUAG